UCCAAUUUUUUGCCGAAAAAUAGUUUCACCGUUUGCCGUUCCGUAUCCGUUGUUCGAUCCAUUUAAAGCGAAAGCUUCGGCCUUUUUGCUUUUGUUUGAUGUAAAUCCAACCCGAACGAGGUCAAAGCUCUGUUUUUUUUCAAAGUCGAUUUGGAGCGCGCGAAGAAAGUUUCGAUAUUUGAACACUUCGCAAGCAGCUAUCUACGUUUAAAGUUGUGGUUGUAGGAUCCCAAGCACUUUCCGUAUUCUGAGACAGGUACCAUUGUUGUACCUGUUGUCAUUUUUUGAUCUCUCUGUCAUUCUGUGGCCACCAGUAUGUCUAAAAUUAGUUCAUCGAAGACACCGAACGCCAAGUUUUACAAGCUUCCCGGAUCUGUUUUCUUUCGAACCUACUCUUUUGAUCCAGAUAUUAAACAAAAUCGUAGAUCUACAAGGGCUUCUACUGCUCCCUCAAUUAAAAAAUCACGUAAUAAUGGUUAUGAAAAAAAGGGUACUUCUUUUCCUCCAUAUUCAACAUUUGCAGAUGGGAACAGUAAAUACACGAAUGACUUAAGAGAAUUCAGUGAUUUUAAGAACCAGUCAGUGCAGGAGCUAGAAAAGUACUGUAUAAACCGGGCAGAAGAGACUACACAGAGAAUUAAUGGUUGUGUGAAGGUUGCUGAAGAAAUAAGAGAAGUUUCCUUAAGGACACUUGGGAAUAUUCAUCAACAGGGUGAACAGAUUACAACAACCCAUGAAACGGCAGCAACCAUUGACUAUGAACUUAGUAGGGGUGAAAGGAUCUUGGGAAGUCUUGGGGGACUCUUUUCUAGGACUUGGAAACCGAAGAAAGGCCGCGAAAUAAAGGGACCUGUUCUCUCAAGAGGCAAAUUCAGAGACGUUUCGCUCAUGAAAAGGGGGAAUAACAUGGAAAAGAGACAAAAGCUUGAAUUAAAUUCUUUCAAGCCUCGAUCAAAUCCUCAAUCAUUCUUGUCUGAACCUUCAUCUACCCUCGAAAGGGUCGAGAUGGAGAAGAUGAAACAAGAUGAUGCUCUUUCAGACUUGAGCAGCUUAUUAGGUGAGCUGAAAGCCAUGGCUAUAGACCUGGGAUCUGAAAUUGAAAGGCAGAAUAAGGCCUUGGAUCACAUGCAGGAUGAUGUGGAAGAACUAAACAUGAGAGUAAGGGGUGCAAACCUUCGUGCUCGUCGUCUGAUAGGAAGAUAAAAAGCAAGUCCUUUGCCAAAUUUGUAUUAUUCAUUCAUUACUUCAUUGUCAGCAGAAUUUUUUUGUUUUUUGUUUUUUUUCAAAAUUGGGUCAUAAUGAUGAACAUCAUCUUUUUUGGCAACUUAUUAUUUUAUUAACUUUCCCAACCCUUACAUUGGGUCAUUGUAAUGAAUUUUGUCUUGUGCAUAUAUACCCUCUUCCAAUUGAAGUUUU